AUGGAACAAACAAAUUAUUCAAGAGUAUAUGAAUUUAUGUUGUUGGGGUUUUCUGGGUCCUCAGAGCUCCAACCUUUCUACUUUUUGUUUUUUACCAUGUUUUAUAUGGCUAUUUUACUGGGUAAUUUCCUCAUUGUUCUCACAGUGAUCUCUGAACCUGCCCUGCACACUCCCAUGUACUUCCUGCUCAGCAACCUCUCCUUCAUUGAUGUGUGCCUAUCCUCUUUUGCCACACCCAAGAUGAUUGCAGACCUCCUUUUGGAACGCAAAAGCAUCUCCUUCAAUGGCUGCAUGACCCAGAUAUUCUUCCUCCAUGUCUUUGCUGGUGGGGAGAUGGUGCUACUUGUAGCCAUGGCAUAUGACAGAUACGUGGCUAUUUGCAAACCUCUGCACUAUGCAACCAUUAUGAGUUUGCAGAAGUGUACAGGCUUAGUUGUAGCUUCAUGGGUCAUUGGAAUCCUACACUCUUUGAGUCAGCUGGCCUUCACUGUGAACCUACCCUUCUGCGGUCCCAAUGAAGUAGACAGCUUUUUCUGUGACCUUCCCUUGGUAAUCAAACUUGCUUGUGUGGACACAUAUAUUCUAGAGAUAAUGAUGCUUUCUGACAGUGGCCUUAUGGCCAUGACUUCCUUCAUACUGCUGCUGAUUUCCUAUACUGUCAUCUUGGUCACUGUGCAGCAACACUCAUCAGCUGGCACAGCUAAGGCACGUGCCACCUUAACAGCUCAUAUUACUGUUGUAGCACUGUUCUUUGGACCCUGUAUCUUUAUCUAUGCCUGGCCAUUCAAAAAUUUUCCAGUGGAUAAAGUCCUCUCUGUAUUUUACACAGUCUUCACCCCGCUCUUAAACCCCAUCAUCUAUACCUUGAGAAACAAAGAGAUGAAAUCAGCCAUGCAGAAACUGAAAGGCCAACUCAUGAAUUCCAGACAGCUUUCACAGUUGUCCUUGACAAUGAGGGCCCCUCAUAAUUAG